UUCACCAAGUUUGUGUUGAAACAGAAAAAACGUUCAUAAUGUUUGGAGCAAUUUCAAAUUUCCUGAAAAUCGUUUUGAUUGUGUUAUUUUAUCAGUUGUGUUGCACUCAUGCUCAAUCCAAGUAUCAAAUCGCUCCAUAUGAUAGCAAUUGGUUCGAGGCAUCCGAAUACUGCCACCGGAUGGACAUGCGGUUGGCCAUAGUUGAUUCGGAAGAAAAGCACAACGCCGUAGUAAAGGAGGCCAAGGCCGCGAAACUUCACUCUUCUGGAUUUUUCGGUGUUUGGCUCGGAGCUACCGAUUUGGCAAGGUCGGGUAAUUUCAUCUGGCACAAUACCGGAGCAAGGCUUCGUUACGCACGCUGGGGUGAAGGCGAACCUAGCGGAGGCAGAGAACACUGUGUGGUGCUGUACUACUGGCCCAAGCAGAGAUUCAACUGGACGUGGAAUGAUGCACCUUGCAGUACGGAGCUAUACGCUAUCUGCGAAAACUACGAAAAGGCGGCUUGCAUCCAAGAGUUUUAAAUCGACGAAUGUUUUCUUGGAAGAGUGAUGUAAUGCAAUAAAUAUUUUACUUUCGAAAACUCA